GUUCCGCGGCUCCAGGGCCGAGGGAGACUCUCUUGUUCCGUGUGCUGCGCUGAACCCGCUGCUGGGAGCUGUGAGGAGAGCGGGGCGAGCUCGGAAUCCGCCAUGGAUACAGUGGCUUAUGAAGAUGUGCAAGUGAACUUCACCCAUGAAGAGUGGGCUUUGCUGGAUCCUUCCCAGAAGAAUCUCUACAGAGAUGUGAUGCUAGAAAUCUGUGAUAAUCUCACUGCUAUAGGCUACAAAUGGGAGGACCACAAUAUUGGAGAACAUUGUCAAGGUUCUAGAAGACAUGGAAGGUAUAUCAUCUGUCACUCUGGAUAUAAGCCAUGUGAGCAUAAGGGAUCUGAAAAGAAGAUAGGUACCUCUCUCUCACCCAGAAAAAUCAAAAGAUAUGCAGUGGUUACCACUAUGAAUAGACAGUGUGAUCGUGAAACAAGUGUAGAAUUAAUUGGAUUUCCAAUGUCACUGGAAAUACACCAACAUACUUACACUGGAGAAAAAGUUUAUGAGUACAAGGAAUUUGGAAAUUCUUCUGUCUGUACUGGUUCAUGUUGCACAUGUAAUGUGACUCCCACUAUAGGAAAAUGUUAUGAAUGCAAUCAGUGUGGUAAAGCUCUCGGUUCUUCCAGUUCUUUUCAAAGAAAUGUAAAAACUCAUAUGGAAAAAGGAACUGAUAAAUGUGAGCCAUGUACUAAAGGCAUGAACCAUCACAGGUAUCUUGAAAUAUUCCAAAGUACCCAUAAAGAAGAGGAAUCCUAUGAAUGUAAACAACACAAUAAAACAUUUAGAUCUGAUUGCCGUUUACAGUUACAGCAAAGAACACAUUUGAAUCUCUAUGAAUAUAAUCAAAGUUUUAAAGCUUUUUCAUGUCAUAGUUAUCUUCAGUUACCCAGAGCUAAUUCUAUAAUGAAACAGUAUGAAGAUAAGCAAUGUGGUAAAACUUUUACAUAUCCCAGUAUUAUUAAACAACAUGAAAGAAGUCAUACUAGUGAGAAAUCCUAUGAAUGUAAUCAGUGUGGUAAAGCAUUUGCACAAAAAAGUCAUCUUCUCAAUCAUGAAAAAAGUCAUAUUGGAAAUAAACCCUAUGAAUGCAAUCAAUGUGGUAAAGCCUUUUCAAGUAAAAGUCAUCUUCAUAGUCAUGAAAGAAUUCAUAGUAUAGAGAAACCCUAUGAAUGUAAUCAGUGUGGUAAAGCAUUUGCGUGGAAAAGUCUUCUUCACAGACAUGAAAGAAGUCAUACUGGAGAGAAACCCUAUGAAUGUAAUCAAUGUGGAAAAGCCUUUGCAAGUAAAAGUCAUCUUCACAGUCAUGAAAGAAUUCAUAGUGGAGAGAAACCCUAUGAAUGUAAUCAAUGUGGUAAAGCAUUUGCAUGGAAAAGUCUUCUUCACAGACAUGAAAGAAUUCAUACUGGAGAGAAACCUUAUGAAUGUAAUCACUGUGAUAAAGCAUUUACAUAUAAAACUGAUCUUCACAGUCAUGAAAGAAUUCAUAAUGGAGAGAAACCCUAUGAAUGUAAUCAAUGUGGUAAAACAUUUCCACAUAAAAGUCAUCUUUACUAUCACGAAAGAAAUCAUACUGGAGAGAAACCUUAUGAAUGUAAUCAAUGUGGUAAAGCAUUUGCAUGGAAAAGUGAUCUUCACAGUCAUGAAAGAAUUCAUACUGGAGAGAAACCUUAUGAAUGUAAUCAAUGUGGUAAAGCCUUUACACGUAAAAGUCAUCUUCACAGUCAUGAAAGAAUUCAUGUUGGAAAGAAACCUUAUGGAUGUAAUCAAUGUGGUAAAACAUUUGCAUGGAAAAGUUCUUUUCAGAGACAUGAAAGAAUUCAUUUUGGAGAGAAAGUCUAUGAAUGUAAUCAAUGUGGUAAAACCUUUACACAUAAAAGUGAUCUUCACAGUCAUGAAAGAAGUCAUAAUGGAGAGAAACCGUAUGAAUGCAAUCAAUCAAUGUGGUACAAUAUUGACAUGGAAAAGUCAUCUUCACAGCCAUAAAAGAAAUCAUAUUGGAGAGAAACCCUAUGGAUGUAAUCAAUGUGGUAGAGAUUUGCAUGGAAAGGACAUCUUUGCAAUCAUAAAAGUAUCAUGCUGGAGACAAAGUCUGUGAAUGCAAUUAAUGUUGGAGAGCAUUCGCUUAUAACAGUCAUCUUCACACCUAAUGAAAGAAUUUAUAGUAGAACCCUAUCAAUGUAAUCAAUGUGGUAAAGCCUUUACAUAAUUUCCCAGUGUUUUUAAAAAAACAUGAAAGAAAUCAUAAUGGAGAGAUUGUCUAUUAAUGUGGUAGAGCAUUUAUAUAUAAAGUCAUCUUCAUAGGCAUGAAAAAAAUACAUCCUAGCGAAAAAUCCUUUGAACCUUAUAAAUCAGGUAAAGCUUUGAACACCAGGCACAGAAUACAUCAUUUUGGAGAUGCCAGUACCAUGUGGUGUCCACCAAGACCAUCAGCAGUGGUAAAGUGGAACCAGUGAGAGCCUAGAAAUUAUGUGUACCCAAGUCCUUUGGAGAAUCCCUGAAGAUUCUGUGUGGAUCUUAAUCACUAGAGGUUGAGUUAAUUUAUACAGUCAGACUUCAUUUUUUGCUUUUUUUCAGGUUCUGACUGCCUUGCUUCUUCCUCUUGUACAGAGACAGUAUUUAAUUUAAUUUUGAUUUUUCCGUGAGCCAUAUUUGAAAGGCUUUGAAUUUUUAAAAGAGAUUUUAGAUUUUUAGUAAGAUUUCAUAUUUUUAAAGAGAAACUUGAAUGUGUAUGAAUUUGUGAAGAUUUUUGGACUUUUAUUAAAGCUGUUUAUGUUUUAAUGCAGUAUCUUGUGAAUGAAAAAAGAAAGGUUGGGGCUUAAUAAGGCCAUGUUUGUGUGUCAAAUUGAAAAGUGGUCAAUUGCACUGGCUAGUCCUAUGUCAACUUCACAACAAGCUAGUUAUGAAAGAAAGGAAACUCAGUUGAGAAAACUCCAUAAGAUCUGGCUCUAAGGCAUUUUCUUAAUUAAUGAUUGAUGGGGAGGUGUCCUAUGUUUGAUAAAAAAGCAGGCUGAGCAAGCCAUAGGGGAUAAUCCAGUUAAGAAGCUACACUGCAUGGCCUCUGCAACAGCACCAAGUUCCUGCCCCAUUUAGGUUUCUGUCCUGACCUCCUUCAGUGAUAAAUAACAAUAUAGAAGUUUAGGCCAACUAAACCCUUUCCUCCCCAUUUAUUGCCAAAAUUCUAACUAAGACAUCUUGUCUCAAAAAUCCAAAAUAAGGAUUGUGGACAGAUGGCGCAGCAAUUAAACACACUGGCUGUUUUUCCAGAGGACACAGUUUCAAUUCCCAGUACCAAUAGGGAAGUUCACAACUGUCUGUAUGUCCUCUUCCAGGGUCCUCUUCCAGGGAACAUAAUACCCCCAAACAGACUUAGAUCCAAACAAAACACCUAUAAAUAUAAAUUAAAAAUAAAUUAUGUUUAAAAGAAUAUAUCAUGUUAUGGAACUUCCCCUAGCACAACCUGGACUCAUCUCUACACAACAAAAUCUUUUGUUGUCUUCAUUUACAUUAAGAGAACUGUGUUUACAAUUACAAUAAGAAGCAAUGGUCAGAGUCUAUUCACAGGGAUAGAAAACAUUCAAUCUUUCAGUGAUCAUAUAGGAAAUUUCGCCACCUCCCAGUGAUAGAAGACAGAAACAAUAAUGGCACAACUUCAUCUUCUACAAUAUUGGCAUGUUGAGAAUUUGGCUCAGUUGUAAAGCUGCUGUUAGGUACCCAAUCCACAUGAGAUGGCUCAGAACUGCUAAUAAAGGCUUGUCCUGGAGAUAGGAUGAAUUCUUCUGGCUUCCUAGGGCACCAGGUAUGUAAAUGGUACAAAGACAAUUAUGUGUUUGUGUGAGUGUGUGUGUGACUCCAUAUUUUUAAAAGAACUUUCUUCAUGUAUAUGUUACAUUCUUUUUCUAAAAUAAAAUUUAUUAUAUUUAUUAUCAGACAUGGUCUUGGAAAGGAGUCAUUUGAAGAGAAUUCUGAAUACUUAUGUUAACACUCCAAGAAAAUGAAACAAAAGUCUUGUGACCUCAGUUUCUUCAAAUCCAAAAAAUGUUCUUGAAAUGUGUUUUUGUGCAGAUAGAUGUGAUUUGUCUCUUGGUUGCUCAUUAUUGCUUGGUGGUGUUGCUCAAUUAAAUGUUUGACCUAUCCUUUAUAUGCCUGAAUGGAAAAGCAUGUUUUUGUCCCAUGUGGCUUGCUCUAUCAUUGUAUACAAUUUUAACUCAUGAGAACUUCACUCAUGUAACCUUUCUUAACCUGCAGAGUAUAAAUUGUCUCAGGCAAUGAAUAAAGUUGGCUCUUGUAUGAGA